GGUGGCUCCCACCCAUAUAUCCCUCCUUUAUCAUAGUACUCCCACCCACUUCCAUCACCCAUCCAAUAAAAUGCAGCCAGGUUUAGCCUUUGGCUUUGGUCACACAGGAUAUUCUGCUGUGGUUGCAACCCAUGUGGUGAUAAGGCUCACGGCCCUGAGCUCUUUACGGGAGCAUCAACUCACAGUUAGGGGACUGGGCGUGGCUGAUUGAGGGUUUGGAACUGGUGGCUAUCCCAGCUAUUCCAUCUCAAAACAGCCCUGAGGCCCCUUUUCAAUUUGAGCAGCUGCUAGAUCUCUUACCAGAGCUCAGAUUCCAGAUUUCACAUCCCAGCAGCCGGUUCUGGGUAACAGAUCAAUUUCCAACUGAAAAAUAACUAUAUAAUGUAUGCUUAUUGGAAUUCUGCCACAGCAGGAAGCUUGAGUCAAAAUGUGUUUCCCCUUUGAAAGGAGAAGGAAUUGGAGCAGCUUUUCCUGGAGGCCCAGGAUAUUUCUUUUCUGGGUAUCUUGGCUGAAAAUUUUGUUUUACAUAGAGAAAAACGAUCUUUUAAGGGUCCCUUUUGCUGCACUCUCUGUCCAGUUUGACUUUUUUUUCAGUGAAAACACCAUGUCACGGAGUGUAGAAAAGAGCAGACCAAAAUCAGCCCUAGAGCCAAUUGGUCAGUCCCAAAGCUGUGACCUCUGUGCCACUGUUGUCCAUAGGAGAGCAUCGACUGUGUCACUUAAAAUAUUAGUAAACCAUGAUGCGGCAACUGCUGAGAGCUAAACUAACAAAACUGUGUUAUCAUAGCUGCCGGCUUGGUGUGAACUCGCUUAAAAGCAAUGGUGAAAGGAUAACCUCGAUGAUGUAAAUCCACCCAAAGAUACUGUUCUACAAAAAGUAGGGUGUGGAAGCAAACCUGUGACUGCAGAGUGGGACGACUCCACACUGCCUCAUGUGGCCCCUUCCCCAGUGGCAGCUGGUGACACUAACGAUUGCUACUCGGUUCACUUGCCCAGAUGUCUUCGUAUGAUGAGCAAGGCCAGAAGCAAGCCUAGAUUCGAAGUUUCUGACACCAUUUCCAGUUUGCGCAAAAGUCAAACAGUAUUUUAUCUUAAAGUGGCUUGAUUUCCAAUAGCUGAACUUGGGCAGAAAACAGCAGCAGCAGCCAAUGUUCCUAUAUGGUUUCUUUGUUGUUGUUUUUGUUUGGGGUGGGGGCAAGUACAGGGUAAUUCAUGAGCAAGACAUUCACUGCUGUCGAAGUCUCUGGGACCCCACUGUGGGUCCGAGAUGGCCUCUGGGAAGGACCUUGUGGAUGACGGUUUUAUCUGUUCUUCUUGUCACUGUUAACUUCUGGGCUGCUGAGGUUCUAGAAUGGAAGGGCUGCCAAAUGAGGUUUGCUGCAGGAGGAAACUUUAAUCCCCCAUUCCAAAAGUCCAGGCCAAAUGGUGGGCUUAGCCUCUUUGAAAAGUUCUGCCUUGCCCCCCCAGGGGGGCACAUCCUGUGUCUCAUUCACCAUGAUGCUUCCUGAGGGUGUUCUAGAAGCCCGUUCCCAGUGGCUCUAUCCAGCCUUUCCUUGCAUCUUCCUCUUGAAGGUGAGGAAGUGAAAACUACAGACCUCCCCCAGACAGCCCACUCUCUAUCACGAGCCUAACCUGCGGGAGGCAGAAGAGACAUCCAUCUGAGAACUGAAGCGGCCUCCAGGAUGAGGUCGGAGGCCCCACCUAAUUUUCCUGGUGGUGGUAUCCAAAAUCUGCAGUAACUAGGAAGGAAACCAGGGUCUCAUGGUUUAAAAAACUUUGAAGCAGGAAUGUUGCAUUUGACGCCUUUAAAACUACCUUUUUGCUGUUGGGGAGGAGUCGGGGGCAAGCCUUAGCAGCUGCACCGCCAGCCCCAUGCUGGUCAGUGCUGCCCUGCCUCUCGUGCCAGGUGUUGCUUCAGCCCAGAGCCAGAGGGCUGGGUCCCGGGUCCUCCACAGGUGGCCCCAGUGGACACAUGCGUUCCCGUCCCGGCCUCCGUCUCUGCUUUUCCACUUCUACCUGCGUGUGGGUUUGCCGCCUUGUCAUCUGUCGUGUGAGUGUCGCAGACCUUUCCAGAGCUCCGGUUCACUCCUCUUUCCAAACAGGCCUCCCUGUCGGUGGCACUGCACUCCUAGAACCUUCAGUUUCUACGAUGGUUUGUUUGGUCCUUUUGAACCACCCCAAAGAACUCAACAUGGCAAAGCAAAUGGUAAAAGCUUCCCGACUGUUCUACUUUGGGUCUGCGCGAAGCCCACUCACGUGUGAUCUCUCUCUGUGUUGCCCCUCUCGGUGGUCCCAGGCGAUCCAGCCAUGCCCCCUGCCCCUCUGCCCAGAUGCUUCAGGGGCCCGGCUUUUCAGGCUUGCCCUCACCAGCGGCCGUCAGCCGACACUCAGGGAUGUAGCUAACACCACUCCGCCAGUGCUUUUGGUAGGAAGAGCUGAGGCUGCCUGGGAGGCCCGGGGCGACCGGAAAAGGGCUCUCUCAAGUUCUGAAAAGAGAAUCUGCCACCAGAUCGAAUUUCGACCCCUGAGCUUGUUCAGACGUACCGUCCGAAUUCAGAUUAAGGUGGUCACCCAACCCGAGAUGUCAGGAAAGGCCUUCUGCAGAGAAAAUGUCCCCCUACCCACCAUCUGCAGCCAGGUGUGUGCCACACGGCAGCCUUCCCGAAACAUAGUAUGGAUUUUAAAAAUGUGUUUAUUUUUGUUUCUCAACCACUUUAUAAUGUAUUUUUUAAUUUAUUUUGUAAUGUCUCGUUUUGAAGUAUUGCUGCUAUCCUUGUUAUCCUUCCACUGUUUUUAUCGCUGAUUUAUUUUGUGAAAGUUGUACACUAAUGUUCUGUUUUAUGUCAAAAUCAAAAGUAUUUAAUGAAAUACUAGUUAUAUUUAACGUGGUUAUGGAACCAGCUGGAAACACAAAACAAACAGUGAUUGUACAGCAGGCUGGGCCCAGGAGGUCAGGUUCAUUUUGUUACAUAUGCAAUAAACUCACGACUUUACAUUU